AUGGUCUUGGCCACGCCCCACACCCAAGAACUUUCGGCCGUGCGAAAACAAUACAUGCAACAGACGGCAGAAGUUGCGAAGCUCGCUGAGCAGUAUGGUGCAGUUCGAGCUUCAUCGGAUUCAGCUGCAAUCGAACUUGCAGCAGCUCGGAAGCAGCUUUCAGUGGCAAAAGCAGAGGCAGAGUUGGCAAUGAGUGAUCGCAUUGACCUCAUGAAGGAAAACAGUCAUCUGAGACAAGAGUUUACUCAGGCCAUGGCCCACAUCGCGUCGUUGCAGCAAGAUCUGGGGAAACUCUGUGUUGUCCAAAAGGACUUUGAGCAAGCCCAUGCUUCACUGGAACGCUGCAGGCAGAUGCAUGCCAUCGACAAGGAACAGAUCCUGCGCUUGGAGGAGCAACUCAAGGCCUUCACUGAAAAGGAAAAACAGUUAUUGCUAAUCCAGCGGGAGGCUGAGCUUGCGAAGCGGCAAAGCGCGAAGCUCUUGAAGGAACUGGAGGGUGCACAAGAGGCACUAAAAGCUUUUCAAGAUAUCUCUGAAAGGAACUGCUGGGAGAAACACUCAGAUGCAGUGCGGCAACUAAACACAACGUUGGCGGACGAGAAGGCCCUCAGGCACGAGCUAGAAAAGCAGGCCAACGAGAUCGCUGUGCUUGCAACUGACCUCAGAUCAGCUACCCAACGCGAUGCACAGAAAGCUGAGCAGUUAAGGAUAGCCACUGAGGAAGCACGACGCUUUGAACUCGAGGCCCAGAGGCGCCUUGAGGACGUAGCUCGUCUGGAAGCUGAAAAUGCUAAGAUAGCAAAAGAGCUCGAAUUUUACUCUAAAAAGCACUUCGAAGAUCUUACUGAAUCUUUAACAGAGAAGCAAAAGCUUAAAGUGGAACUGGAUGCUGCAACAGAUUACACAAAUAGGUUAUCUGGAGAGCUUCAACUUAUGAAAGAGUCAAAUUGGAGGCAGAAAGAGGAACUCAAAAGCUCACGUGAGGAAAUCACCGUGCUCUCUAGCAAAGUUCAAGAGUUGAUGCGCCAGGCAGAUAUAAUCAAACUAGAAUCUACUUUGGAGGCACUUAGGCAAGAGCUGAUGCAAAAAGAAUCGAGUGAGAAAGAGGCGCUGAGUCGGAUGAGGGCGCAACUUCAAGAGGCUCAACAACAGCACGAGGCAGCAGUGGCAAAAAAGAAGCAGUUGCGAACUCAUCUCAUGGAGGCUACGAGAGCACUGCACCUGACUCGAGUCAGAAACGAAGAGAAACAAACAGCGUUAGCAUCUGCAACUGGAGCGGCAAAGGAAAAAGAGUUGGCUGAAAAGUGUGCAACUCUCGAAACUAAGCUGGACGAAGUGAGAAGGCAUCAUGGCAUCGAAGCUGCUAAACGGCAGCGAGACAACCUCGAAGUUCGCCGUCAACAACAGGAGCUUGCAAACUGCAGAAAACUCUUACAGCGAGAAUCUGCAGAGAGAGCAGAGGCGGAAGCAACUUGGGCCCGCACCAUUGAAGAGCAGGUUCAACAAAGAGUAUCGAUCUUAGAGAAGGACUUCGCUCUGCGUAUAGCGAAGUAUGCUGACAUCGCUGAGUUCUAUGUUGCACGUUGCACUUCACUGUUUCGAAUGUAA